UCUGGAAACAUAUCAGAUGUCUGAUUGACAGUAUCAUCAAACGGUUGAAGAGGCAGAGAGAGAGAGAGCGAGCGAGCAAGAGAGAUUCUCUUUUUGCGAUAAGAGUGAAACAACAGAUGCAAAUGCAGGAUAAAGAGAACAUGCUGUGCUCCCUCUUCUUCCUCACAUUCGUUUGUUUUUCUGAUCGACUGAGGAACUUCAUCGUUGCUUCGGGUGAUCAGUAUAGUUUGGAGUGUGUCAAUGAUUAUCUCUUCACUAUCACCUGCUAUGUGAACAUCUCGGCUGAAUCCCCAAGCAACGAAUCAUCUUGGCUUCAGUUCAGCGCAAAUGGGGAAUAUUAUAAUUGUACGUUGAAGGAUGGAGAACAGUCAUUGGUGUGCGUGUUGGUUUUAUCUCCUGAUGUUUCUUUCACGGACACGGACAGCUACAGAAUCUCCCUCCAUUCCAGUUACCAUGGCAACAACUUCUCUGUCGUACUGGAUGGUGACUACAUGCCUAAAGAACACAUUCGCCCUGUCUCUCCGUACAACCUGUCUUUGCACUGGGAGAAGGAUGUUGUUGUUUUCCAGUGGGACAGUGGAUAUGAUCCAGACAUCCUUUUAAUACACCACCUCCAGUACCAGCUCAGCCUGCACAAAGAACACCAGCUUUAUGAGGUAGAGGUCAUGGACCAGAAUAUGUCAGUGGACAUAUCUAAAUUUGAACCUUGCACAAGUUACACAGCACGCGUGCGAUCACGGCCAAAUCAAGAAUAUUAUAAAGGUGUGUGGGGCCAGUGGACCCCUGCAUUACACUGGAGGUCAGGCCACAUUCACAAAACUCCGGAAAGAUCAUUCCAGGUUGCCUGGUAUCUUCUGCUUUUGCCUUUGCCACUGUUCCUCCUCACCUGUAUCCCUUAUUCCAGAUGGAGAAAGCGCGAUUAUAUCCCAUCACCAGCCCCUUAUUUAAAAGACUGGAAUUUAGAUGUUCAGAUCUGUACAUUGUUAUCAGGAGAGCUGAGAAAUAUAAUGCAGGGGGAGGAGUCUCUUCAGAUUGACAUUCUGACAGAGAGCCCAGACACACCCCCUCAACCAACCACCUUAACCGAGAUGAUGGAAAUGACCAGUGAGCCUAUGCCCCAAUCGUUCAGCAUUCCCCAUUCUCUUGUGGGCUCAGAGGUUGACUCAGGCUGUUGGAUUCGAGACAUCACGACAACAGAGAGUGGAAGCAUCACAUGCAGCGAGGACUACUGUCCGCUCUCCCAACACACUUACGGCAUCUAACACACACACGUCAUAUGAUGAACAAAAGUUGUUGUUUUCUUUUUUUAUCAAAGCAAUAAAGAUAAUUUUAUUGCAAAUUAGGUCAUUAUGGUGAAUUACUUUCGAUAAAAUAUCAAGAAAAAAAUGUAUGCUGACAUGAAUUACUGUUCCUUUAAAAAGCCAAAACAAUCCAAAAGGAUUAGUACUGUGUUGCAUCCAAUGUAUAUAAAAAUUACUGUUACAUACUGUAUCUGAACAAUUGUAAGUUACUUCAUUUUACUGUCAGUUACUUUAAAACAGACAAAUUAUAUAGUCAUUAAACCA